AUGGAUUUUCAGGAAAGUAGCGGUAGUUUAAUUGGCAAAGGGCUUCCAAAUCAAGAAGCUAAUGUAAAUGAACAAGCUACUGAAAAGAAUUCAUUAAAUGAUCAAUUUCUUGCUUUAAAUGAAAAAAUUGAUGCAUAUAAUCGGAAAAAAGCACCUGAAAAAACAGGAAAGAAGUCAUCAUCGAAGAAAAACAACUCACAAAUAACAAAACUCCUUCGUUCCAGCAAGAAAAUUUCUUUGCAACCGAUUAAGAAAGUAAAAAAGCAAAGCGAAACUAAAUCCAUCGAAAACAACGCACAGCAAGUAGAUACAAAUGUAUCUGAAGAAAUUUCUGAGAAAAAUAAUAACAAUGAAACCGAAAUUCAAGAAAAUUCUCAACAGAAUCCAGAAGAACCUUCAACCACAGAGAAUGAAAUCAAUUCAAUAGAUAAUAAUGAUAAUAUCAAUACAUUAUCAAAAAAUAUUUCUACCAAAAAAAUGCCUGUUCGAGAAAUCCAAAUUCCAACAGCAUCUAACGAUAAAUCAUCGAUUGGCUUUAGAGGAAUUAAUACUCAAUUUAUACCACCAAAACCAGUUUUUCAAAAUCCAAUAGUUUAUUUAACUCCAGAAGAAAAAAGACUACUCAAGAAAACUAAAAAGCCAAAGUUAAUUGAUACAAUCAUUACAGAUCAAUCAGAUGACGCUCCUGAAGAUAUUUAUCUCAAUUAUCUCGAAAUAUAUCAUAAUAUAUUAGAUUCUGACUACUUAGACAUAAUAAAGUCCGAAAUUCCAGAAGAUUUAUUGGAAAUUUUGACAGAUUUAGACUUUGAUUAUAAAAUGAUUACAUUUACACCUGAAUACGUCGAAAGGAUCAAAGCUCAUAAGCUCGAUAGUGCUAUUCCAGUUCCAGAAGACCCAGAUUCCGAACUUGAAGAAGAAAUUUUUAGAAAACAAAAGGAAAUUGACAUGAGAAAGCCACUUAAACCAUUACAAGAUAUAGAUUUAGACUCUUCUGACUUCGAAUACCAGGAUAAAAUGAGAAAUGUCGUUUUAGAUAUCAAAGAUAAUCGAGGAAAUCCGAAAUAUGUCAGUGACACGUUCCAAAGUGAUUCAUAUUAUUCAUAUCCAUCAUAUUCAGAUUCAUAUUCCUACAAAAGUUACCAAAACUCUGAAUCUCAGAAUAAUAUUCCAGAUGAUUCGUAUAAUACUGACAAUUACAAUGAUAACUAUGCAAAUCAUGAUGAUAUUGAAUCAACACCAUUAGUUGAAUCUAAUUCCGAACAAGAAAAUCCUGAAUUUAUUCCAGAUGAAGAGGAAGAAGCGAAACAAGAGCCAAAACAAGUUGCGCCAGUCAGUCUCAUCCAAGAAGCCAUCGAAGAAGACAACAAAGUCAGAAGAAGACGUCAAAGAAUUCAACCAGAAUUCCCAGUAAAAUUUUUUGAAGAAGAAAAACCUCCAAAACCGGAAAAACCGAAAAUUGAACUCAAACCAGAAGAUUUCAGACAAGCAUUGUAUAUAGAUGCACCAUUGGAUAAUGCCAAAGCCACAGCCAUUAAGAAGAAGAGUGAAUCUUUAGUUAAUUUGGAAGAAAACAACAAAAAUCUUCCAUCCAAACAAGAAAUCAUUGUAGAAAGGGUUCCAAUUGCAGGAACAAACAAAGUCAAGCUCAUUAAAAAGAUUGUCAAGAAAGUUCUUGUUGAAAAGAAAGUAGAACCAAAGAAAGAACCAGAAAAUGUUGAAUACCAAGAAAUAGAAAUCAAAAAGAAGAUAAACAAAAAGAAAAAGAAGAGGAAAACAAAGAAAACACCAAUCGUUACUAAAGAAGAAGAACCAAACAAUUGGGUUUUCGAUAUAAAUAAUAAUCAAGAAGAAGAAGAAACUAAAAAUAAAGAAGAUGAAAAUGACGAAAAAAUUGAAAAUUUAGUUGAUGAAAUACAGAUAUUUAAUGAAGAAGAGAGACAGAAACAGUUGGAAGAAGCGAAAAGACAAGAAGAAGAAAGAAUCAAACAGGAACAAAAGCAAAAGGAAGAACAGGAAAAACAGAAACAACAAGAAGCUCAAGAAAAAGAAGAAAAACUGAUGCAAGUUUUGCAAUUUCUGAAAGAAACAAAUCAAUUACCUCCAAAACAAGUUGAAAAACUAGAACAAAAGCAGAAACAAAAAGGAAUUGUUCCAAAAGAAAAAGAAGAAGAAAAAACAGAGAAAGAGAAAGAAAAAGACGAAAAGUUUUCAAAAGAAAAGAGAGAAAGAUCUCCUAUCUACAGAAGAAAAGAAAAUAGAAGGAGAAUUGAGUUGGUUUCUCCUUCAAAAUACUUCGAUGAUUCUGAUGAUUUCGAUACAAGAAAGAAACAACAAAAGACUCAAGAAAUGCCUAAACAAGAAAUACGUCCGAAAGGAAAGAUAAUUGAUCCUAAACAAUUCUUUGUCGAAGAAGAAAAUCAAUUAAAAGAAGAAAUUAAACCGAAAAUUGAAGAAAAAGUGACAGAAGUGAAGUCAGAAGAAAAACCAACAAUUCCUGAACAAACAAAUGAAACAAUUUCUCCUGAAAUCAAAGAAGAGAAACCAAUAAUUGAACAAAUUAAGGAAAAUGUUGUUCAAAAUCAAGAAAAUGAAAUAAAUGUUGAUCAAGAUCAACAAAUUCCUAAUUUGGUUGAAUCUGAAAAACAAAUUCCAAAAAUACAAGUCGAGAAAAUCGAAAUUCCUCCAGUACAAAAAGAAGAAAAAGUUCCUGAAACUAAAAAAGAACAAAUUCAAAUUCAAAAAGAAAUUGUUCAAGAAACUAAAAAACAAAAGGAAGAAAGAACUCGUGAUUCUAAGAAACAAAAGGAAGAAAAAAUUGAAAAUACUAAGAAAGAAAAAGAACAAAAUCAAAAUCCUGAAAAACAAAAAGUGGAAAUUGGUCAAGAAAAAGUGACAGAAAAACCGCCAACAGAUAAAAGAAAACCAUCAAAUCAAAUACCAGUUGAACAGAUUGCAUCAGAACUCCCAGUUAUUGAGAAUGAGCCAGAGAAAGUUGAAGAAAAGAUUGAAGAGGAAGAAGAGGAAGAAAAGAAAGAGCCAAGAAUCAGAUUCACAAAAAUUAAUUGUAUUGUUGAUGAAGGCUGGAAAUUCUAUGAUUUUAAGACAAACAAUCCUGGAAGAAUGCUUGGUAUCAGUGACAAACCAAUAUCAUUACCAAUUUCUCCUGAUUUCAAUUUAGAAGACGAAGAAAAACUUCAGAAACCACUUCUAUUUUUAGAUGCAAUGACAGAUUGGAAAGAAAUGUCUGACGAAGUUGUUGUAUCAGAAAAAGAAGAAAGACUUCAAACUAAAAACGGAAUCAUCAAGUUUGAAGCAAAUCUAAAACCAACAGGUGCAAUGACAUUCAAGAAAGAGCCAUUUUACGACAGAUUGAGGAGAUCUCCUUCAUUUGAUUUCGCUGAAUUGGAAAAAUUCUCUAGAUUCUUCAAACAGGAAAUGAACAAACAGAAGAAGAGUCUCAAACUGAAAGAUAUCAAAUUCGAUACCAAUUUCGAAGUAUUGAACAUCAAAAAUAGAUCUACUAAAAUUAUCCAUGAAUCUAAACCUGAAAUAAAACAAGAAAUGAAACAAGAAAAACGUGACACAAAAGUGACAAAACCAAUUAUCAUUGAAGAACCAAAAAUUACUAAUGAAACAUGGGAUAAUUACAAAGAUGAUCUAUUUAUUGAGAAAGAAGAUGAAAAACAACCAGAAAAAGAAGAAAUUACCGAAGAAAAAAUCGAAGAAAAAGAAGAAAUUCAUGAAGAAAUUGAAAUCGAAAAAGAAGAAAUUAUUGAAGAAAAAGAAAUUGUUAAUAAUAAAGGAGUAGAAACAGAAAAAAUUGAAGAAAAAGUUGAAGAAAAAACAGUUCAAAACAAUAAAGUUGAAGAAGGAAAAGAAGUUGUUAUUAAUAAUGAACAAGAAAUCCUUAAAGUUAUUGAUAAAGAGGAAGAAGAAAGACUUGCAAAAGAGAAGGAAGAACAAGAGAGAAUUGCAAAGGAAAAGGAAGAAAGAAAGAGAAGAAAAGAAGAAAUGAAGAAAGCAAAAGAACAAGUAAAAAAAGAAAUCGAAGAAAAGAAGAAACAGAAACAAAAACUUCUCAGACAAGUAAAGAAAUCAUUAAGUCAAAGAGUCGGACAACCUCUUUCGUAUCCUUUACCUCCAAUUGUUCCUGAAAUUGAAGAUGAAGAAGAAAACGAACUUGACAUUAUUGAGAGAGGUUGUCCAUCAUAUCCUGUUGAUGAUUACAUUGACGAACAACUGUUUGAAUUAGCUGAUGAUGAUUUGAAGAAAGAAAUUGAAGAUGUCGCAUAUAAUUUGAUGUUUGAUGUCAAUCUGAAAGAAGCAAAAAUUUAUGAUGAAAUCAAUUUCGGAUUUUGCGAAAAACACAAUAUUUCACUACCAAAACGAAGAGCAUAUGACAUUGUCAUGUCUGAGAAAGAAAAGAGAGACAAGUUAGUUAUAGAAAGGAAGCAGACCGAAGAAGAAAUGAAGAAACAGAAAGAAAGAGAAGAAGAAGAAAACAUCAGAAGAGAAAUCGAAGAAAGAAAGAGACAAGAACAGAUAAAGAAACUCCAAGAAGAUCAAGAAAGAAGAGAAAUAGAAGAAAGAAGGAAGAGAGCAAUCGAAGACAGAAAGAGAAUGGAAUUAGAGAGGCAGAAACAAGAAGAAGAGCAAAUGAAGAGAAAACAAAGAGAGGAAGAAGAAAGAAGAAGAAUUAUAGAGAAAGAAAAGAAGAAGAGACAAAAAGAAGAGGAAGCAAGGAAACAGAAAUUGUUGGAAGAACAAAGAAGAAGAGAAUUCGAAGAAAGAAGAAUCAGACAACUCGAAGAACAGAAACAAAGAGAAGAAGAGAAACUCAAAGAAAGAAAAGAAAUGGAAGAGAAGAGAAAAGUAGAAUUAGAAAUGGAGAAACAGAAACAAUUAAGAGAAUUGAAAGAGAAUUACGAACUCAGAAAGAAAGAAUUGGAAUUGCAGAAACAGAGGAAAGAACUUGAAGAACAAAGAAGAAUUGCUGAAGAAGAAAGGAAAAAGAGAGAAAUGGAAGAAACUAAAAAGAAAUUGCUCGAAAAGAAGAAGAAAAACGAAAACUCAAAGAAGAAAAAGAAAAUCAAAAUCCUCGACGAAGAAAUUCGUGUUCAAAACAUCCUCAAAAUCAAUGCAAUCAAUGCAAACAAACUCCAUUAUGUCGUAGAAGAAGAUGACGAACCAGAUGAAUACAGAAUAAGAUACAAUGGUGUUUUGUUCUGUAAAUCAUGGCCAGAAAACAAUGACAUUUAUGCAGAUUUGAGAGAUAAUUUCCCUGUUGUUUUCGCUAUGACUUUCCCUGAUGAUAAAUACAUGGUAAAUUCUAUCGAAACAUUCGAGAAUUUGGCUGAAAAUCCAAAGAUUGUUGAGAUGGGAAUUGACAUGAAUUAUGAGUAUUCUUUGACUCCUUUGACUCAAGCAAUGCAGCCAAGAGUUCAGACAGCUUUGCAGGCUAUUUCAACAGAAAUAGAAACUGCUAAAGACUUACUCGAACACGACAAACUGAUUGUCAAUGAUAUAAUCAGACAAAAAGCUUUUGAAAAAUUAUAG